UGACGGGCUUCCCGGCGAGUAACAUGACCAAAAAGAAGCGGGAGAAUCGGGGCAUCGCGCUGGAGAUCGACGGGCUGGAGGAGAAGCUGUCCCAGUGCCGCAGGGACCUGGAUGCCGUGAACUCCCGGCUCUGUGAGCCAGAGCUGAGCCCAGAGGCCAGGAGGUCUCUGGAGAAGGAGAGGAAGAGCCUGAUGAGCAAAGCCUCCAAGUACGAGAAGGAACUCAAGCUGCUGCGGAAGGAGAACCGCAAGAACAUGCUGUUGUCCGUGGCCAUCUUCGCCCUCCUGAGCCUCCUCUUCGCCUACUGGAGCACGUGACCGGUCCUGCGCCCAGAGGCCCCUGCGCCCGCCCGGGCGGGCAGAAUGCCCCUGUGCCCCGUGGCGCGGC